UAUAUAUGAAAUAACCCUAGACCAAGGUUCAGGAAACACACUACAUGACAUUGAUCAUCGCAUACAAAAUACAAAUGUUUGUUGUCCUGGAAGUCCAUAAAAUCCACCAAAAGUGAGGAGGGAAGUUGGAAAUAAUUCAUGGAUCCAUUAUUAUGUGGGAAUGAGUUUCAUUAUCAUCACUUCCUCCAUAUGUAUACAAAUGCACACAUACUAGUAAAUAUGGAAAGUCAUAACAUUAUGUAGGUAGUAGCAAAAGAAAUGUAAUGGCUAGAUUAUGCACUCAAAUGAAUCCAUUAUUAGAAGAACGUGUCUUGAAGAGGUUACAUCAGAGGAAAAUUUUUACGAUUGUUGAUAUUUUGCAAGAAAAUGCAGAUAAACUAAUUCAGAUAACAAAGCUUUCAUACAAGGAGAUUUUACAAAUACGCCAAAACAUAAUAGCAAAUUAUUCUGCGUUUCCUGUUAAAGGGAUAGAUGCAUAUAAUGAAAUCUUAUCAAAUACUGCUCUUAUUCCAAGUGGAAUAGAAAGUCUGGAUGCUAUGAUAGGAGGAGGCUUUUUGACAGGCAAAAUCUAUGAAGUUUGUGGUUCAUCCGGAAGCGGAAAGACUCAGCUUUGUCUUACUGUUUCAGCACAUAUUGCCCAUGACUUUAAGCAAGAAGUACAUUAUAUUGAUACAAAAACAGAUUUUUCAGGAAAGCGAGUUCAAGAAGUUUUAGAAUCAAAGGGAUAUCAUGAUGAGGUAAUUGGUGCUGUUAUGGAAAGAAUUCGAGUAACCAGAAUAAAAGACGUAUAUGAACUCUUUUCUUUCUUGCAACACUUGAAGACCAGCCUUCACCAUGAUCAAGAUGGGCAUCACAGUGUGCGCAUUAUCAUAUUAGACUCCCUUCCUGCGUUAUUCUUCCCUUUUCUUGGAAAGAACCUUAAUGAUGGUAAGAUUUCACUUUUUUUCCACUGCAAGAGAAUGUCUACUUAUGAGCUUCCUUCCUACACUGUUUUAUAUGUUAUGAUACAUCUGCUUUCAGGCCUGACACUUAUGAAUCAGAUGGCUAACACAAUGAAGUAUAUUGUAACAGAAUACCAUGUUACAUUUCUAGUCGUAAACCUAGCUAUGCAGUUGUUAGAGGAAGAAAAUGUUGCUGGUGAUGGAAGCAAUGAAUGUAUACCUCAGGAUGGGAAUUUGGUUAUAUGUGAUACAAUGAAACCAGCUCUUGGGAAAUACUGGCUAGAUAUACCAUGUACACGACUGUUUAUUCAUAAAAUUAACUCAACUGAAAGAAGACAAAUAGCUGUAAUGAAAAGUACAUCUCUAAGCACAAAGAAGCGUUGCAAGGUGUUAAUUAAUCAAAAAGGGGUAAUAUCAGCAUUAGGAAGUGAAUAGUGAUGUAUAUUAUAAGCAGAAAUACUGCACACUGUAACAUGAAAAGUCCUGCUUGGAUUUGAUGAUACCCCAUAUCAGUAUUAUCCAUCAGGAGUUUAUGUACUAUAGAAUUAAACUGUAUGGAGCUUGGUUUGAUUGUUUUGGAAAUGGGCUAUAUAUUUUGAGCUUUGAUGUGGUGGUAGUCUCUUCAUAAUUAGUGUCUUUGUACCUUCACCGUGGUGACUACUGUAAGAUACAAUAUUUUAUUGUGCUAAUGUUUUCUUUUUAAUGUAUAAAUGAAAAAUUAAACUUGUUUCUUUACUGUAUAUUUUUUUUGAAUGAGUUUUCUGUAUAAGCAUGGCACAUAUGUUUGUGUAAAAUCGUUCAUUUUUAUAUCUACAGAGCAAAGUGUAUAAUAUUAAGUAGUGAUUUAUUAUUAAUAGUUUCAAAGAAAGGGGUUUGUAAACAUGCAUAAUAAACUUUCCUCUUUCCAUCAUAAGAGUUGUGAAACAUAGCCAAUUAAGUUUUUUCACAGACUCAUUUUAUAUUAUACCUACAAAUUUCAGAAAGUUGGUACAAUGGGACAAUCCACUGAUAACUGUCUCCAUGGCAUUACAAACUCCACAGGUUCAUAACUGUAACAAGCAUACACCCAUAUGAUAAAAACUGUGCUAAUGCUUUUCAGCUGAACAACUAUUUGUAUAAGACAUUAAUAAAUAAAAAAAUACAUUAUUA